AUGGAUUACUACUACAGCCUUGUUUCACCGCCCUGCCAGAGCGCGAUCCUGGUCGCGAAAAAGCUGGGCAUCACGCUGAACCUAAAGAAAACGAACGUACACGAUCCGGUCGAACGGGACGCCCUGACAAAGCUCAACCCACAACACACCAUCCCGACGCUGGACGAUAAUGGCCACGUGGUGUGGGAAUCGUACGCGAUCGUGCUGUAUUUGGUGGAGAAGUACGCCAAGGAUGACACGCUCUACCCAAAGGAUCCGAAGGUGCGCUCCGUCGUUAACCAGCGGUUGUUCUUCGACAUCGGCACACUUUACAAGCAGCUCAUCGCCUGCAUCCACACGGUGAUGAAGAAGGAGCAACCGACCGAGGAGCAGCAGGAGAAGCUGAAGCAAGCCAUCGAACUGCUGGAGCAGUUCGUCACCGAGCGGCCGUAUGCUGCGGCGGCUCAUCUGACCGUGGCGGAUAUUUGUCUGCUUGGUACCGUCACUGCUCUUGGGUGGCUUAAGUACGAUCUGGAGGCGUAUCCGCAUAUAAAGGCGUGGGUGGCUCGAGUCACGGCCGAACUGCCAGAUUACGCGGACUUCCGGAAGGAUGUUGAUGAGACAACGAAAGCGUUCAUGGCUAGCCGAAAGUGAGAAGGCUUCGUGUUUCGGUGAUUGUUGAAAACAGAGUGUAAGAUAAGCGUU